CAUGCUGUCUUUCAACCCCCACCAGGCAAGCGCGCGUGGUCAAUUCUCUCAUGUUCGCUGCUGCUCUGCGACCCGUUUGGUCUUCAUCUGCACGAAGCCUUUGGAAUACACCUCGCCAUCUCGCACGACGAUAUAAACACACCACCGCCGAGUGGCCGUACAUCUACCGCCUAACACCGUCACCCAACAUGGCGCCGCAGCUGCAGAACUUCUACCAAACGGUGGACUCGCUGGCAGAGCCCUUCAUCGAUCGGCUUCGCAAGGCCGUUGCCAUCCCGUCUAUCUCCGCCGAAGAAGAACGCCGACCCGAUGUCAUCAAGAUGGGCCACUGGCUCAAGGAGCAGUUGGAAGGGCUUGGAGCACACAUGGAAGCUCGUGAACUGGGACCACAGCCACACAAGGAGCACCUGGCGCUCCCGCCAGCCAUCAUCGGCCGCUACCCAGCGCAGAAGGAUCCCAGCAAAAGGACCAUCCUCGUCUACGGACACUACGAUGUGCAGCCGGCGAACUUGUCUGACGGGUGGGCCACGGAGCCCUUCGAGCUCAGCGUCGAUGACAAGGGCAGAAUGUAUGGUCGUGGCAGCACAGACGACAAGGGACCAGUCUUGGGCUGGUUGAAUGUCAUCGAGUCACAUAAGAAGGCCGGGAUCGAAUUCCCUGUCAACCUGCUCAUGUGUUUCGAAGGCAUGGAAGAGUAUGGGUCAGAAGGUCUGGACGAUUUCAUCAUCGCCGAGUGCAAGCCCGGCAAGUUCUUCGAGGACGCCGACGCUGUCUGCAUCUCGGAUAACUACUGGUUGGGCACCGAGAAGCCUUGCUUGACCUAUGGCCUGCGAGGCUGCAGCUACUACUCCAUCGAAAUCAGCGGGCCUGGUCAGGAUCUUCACUCUGGAGUGUUUGGAGGGACAGCACAAGAACCCAUGACCGACCUGGUGCGCGUCAUGGGUAGUCUCGUGGACACGGAUGGUAACAUUCAGAUCGAGGGUAUCAAGGAGCUUGUCGCUCCGCUCACAAAAGAGGAAGAGAGCCUGUACACAAACAUCGCAUUUACCAUGGACAACCUGUACGAAUCGCUAGGAAGCAAGACUGGCAUCUUCCCUGAUAAGGAGCGAACAUUGAUGGGGCGAUGGAGAUAUCCCUCCCUUUCGCUGCAUGGUGUCGAGGGCGCCUUCUCAGCUCCUGGCGCGAAGACUGUUAUCCCCGCCAAGGUGACAGGAAAGUUCUCCAUCCGCACCGUACCGAACAUGGAGCCAGAGGACGUCGACAAGCUUGUCUAUGCCCACGUGGACAAGGUCUUCAAGUCCCUGAACUCCAAGAACAAGAUCAACUGCUACCUGCAGCAUGCUGGCAAGUGGUGGGUCGCAUCGCCUAAACACUGGAACUUUACUGCUGCUGCCAAGGCUGUUGAAGACGUGUGGCACACCAAGCCUGACCUCACGCGAGAAGGUGGCAGCAUCCCCGUCACCUUGACAUUCGAGCAGGCCACCGGGAAGAACGUGCUGCUCCUACCCAUGGGCAGCUCCACCGAUGCCGCGCAUUCCAUCAACGAGAAGCUCGAUCGUCGAAACUACAUUGAGGGCAUCAAGUUGCUCGGAGCAUAUCUGCAUUACGUUGCCGAAGAGCCAAUGCAGGGUUAGAGGCGCAAUAGAGGCAGGAGCGUGGCAUAUUGCUUGCUUUGUCAGUGCCUGCACUCUUGCACCAAGUCGCGAGCAACAUCCCGCGCUGGAAUGGAAGUGCUGUGGCGCUUCGCGUAAGGCUAAGCCAACAACAGCGGAAAAGCUGACGGAUGUCAUCAGACCAGGCCACAACGUAACAGGCCUGAGAGGCACGAAGAAACACAACAUGGGCGUGGUCCAAUUCGUGUCAGAUACUGAUAUAGGAGCGCAGCUCAAUAUUCCUCAGCGAUCAUGCUAUCAAGAACAAACAUGUCCUCAAAAUACUGUUGUUGUAGGGAAUAUCGGCGAUGUUGCAAAAUCCGGAAUGCUCUCCGGGAUAAGCUGACUGCGGGCAAAACAGGCUGUCUCACCAAUGAAGCCGGUCGCGAACAAGCCGCAAAAGGCGCACUCACAAAAGUUUCCAAUGAUAGCACUU